AAAGUCGAUAACGAGAUGUCAUUGUUGUGCACGUUCCGCCAAAUUCCUUCAUUUAUGUGAAACAACCGAGCUCUAUCGAAGUCUACAAAAUGUCGACUUUAACCAAAGAGAAGUCCGCGGUGUCACACGACCCCCCUGGACGCACGGUGACGAGCGCCAACAGCACCCUAAGAAGGUCGCGACAGGGAGGGGCCGACAUUGACAGAGAGACAGAGGAGGAACUGCUCUUUUUGACCGACAUUUCAAGGCCCGUAACUCAACAGGAACCCGUCAGGGAAGACUUCGACAGCUUCCGACUGGAACUCACCCCUACACGAGCGUUGGAACCCCACGAAGUGAGGCAGGAAAUAUAUAAGCGGGAGUGUAGGAGGCUCAAUGUCAUUCCGCUCAGUAGCUACCUUAGAAACCCCAUCAGAAACAGCCUGGCGGUACCCUACUGUGGACUUGGGCCUAGGGGUGCCAUGGCACUUGCUGCUCCGCUCAUGCUCGAUCACAACUUAGUAUAUCUGGAUAUUAAAGGCAACGAUAUUGGACCGUUUGGCUUGAACCACUUAACGGAAGCCUGUCUGGAGACCAUGUCGAUCACCCAUGUCAAUCUUUCGAACAAUAAUUUGGGCAGCGAGGGAGCUAGAAUUCUGUGUAAAGCUGUGAAGGACCUCACCCUCUUUGAAUAUCUUGACCUGAGCAACAACGGAUUCAAAGACGACGAUUCCGUGUUGUUUGGCGAUCUAAUUGAGAAAUCCAAAAGUUUAAGAGAAGUAAUUCUAUCCAACAACCACUUUGCAGACCGAGCGGGGAUUGAAUUUGGACGAGCCAUAGAAAACAAUGACAGACUGGAGUCCUUUGACAUCAGUUGGAACCACAUCAAUGGACGGUCAGCUGAGGCGUUUACGAAGGGUGUCAAGAAAAAUGUAGGUCUGAAGCGUCUUAACAUCAGUUUUAAUGGGUUUGGACGGGAGGGGAGUCAGGGCCUGGCGUUAGUACUGAAGAAAAAUCGGACUCUGCGGGAACUGGACCUAUCAUACAACAGAAUGGUGGACGAGGACAUACGGGUCAUUGCCAAAGGACUAACGGAAAACGAUACGCUCAAGACGCUCGUGAUUGGCGAUAACCUUUUAACGAACGAAUCUUCCCUGCACAUUUUGAAAAGUAUAGAGGAUCCCAAAUCAUUAACUGCACUAGAAAAUGUGGACCUAAAGAACGUUUGUGUUGAUCAAGAGUUUGUAUAUUUGCUGGAAGAAGUGAAAGAAAUAAGGUCCAUAAACAUUAAACACGGCAAGGUAAUGAAAAUAGGAAAACCACGAAGACGCAGAAGACGGCGAAAACCGAGACCGAAACCCGAGGUCGAAAACGAGAAAGAAGAAUUACCGAUCGAACCAACGGCAGGAGACAGCAGAGGUUUAGAGAAGACAAAGAAUUCAUUAAGGAAGGAUGAAGCAAAUGUUGGCGUGACCACGUCUGCCAGGGGUGAUGUAAAGGAUGGCAGUGACGUAAAACAGGUACCUGUCACAGCGCCCCCUCCCAGGGGAAUCGUAAGGGAAUCUUUGAUUCUGGGACAGGAUAUUAUCAGCAAAGAAACUACAGAGAACAUGAUAUGAUGGAUAUA